AUGCUCCAAAAGAAACCUCUAACACUCCCAAAAAUCAAAGGUUGCAAGAAUGUUACUGAAGCCUCACCAUCAAAUUUUAAGCCCAUAAAAAUUCCAUCUCCUAAAAGCGCAAGACACUUAUAUGAUAUAAAACACCGGAUUACUCCAUCAGGACAAUACACUAAUCCUAGAAAUUAUAUUGCAAGUGAUAAGAUAUCAAGACAAAUGAGUUUUUCUUCUUUAGCUGAACAACAAACUUCGGUUCUGAGGCAUUCACUAACACAAAAUUCUUUACCAGCCACAAUAAUUAGAAAAUUCGAAUAUCUCAAGAUAAGGAGAAGAUUUAAAGAGAUGGGAGAAUUCACGAAAAGAAUUCCGGAAACAGAUCCUCUUGAAAGUUUAUAUACAAAUGCUCCGUUUAUAGACCAUGUUCGAAGCGAUAACAUUCAUCGAAUCAGAGAUGAGUUAAUGAGAAAUAUAAAGCCAGUAUACGAAGAUCUAAAUGAAGCUUGUGACACAUGGCGGCAAGACUCAGAAGUUCUUUAUAUUUAA